CUUUUCCUCAUUUAGCCAUCUGCUUCACCAUCACCGCCCUCAAUCUUUCCCUGCGCCCCCACAACCUUAAAUACCACCCUCCACGAAACCACCACAGUAACUAUACUACUAUACAUAAACCCCCAAACUCCCCUCCCCUGCAAAUACCAUACAUAUAUAUAUAUAUAUCCUUUCCUUAGAAACCGAGACUUUUCCUUUCAAGGUUGAUGCCUAGGAAACUUGCAGGUUUCGCACCAACCCAUUUCAAGAAACCCGAAACCACGUAAAGGGUCCGGUUUGUAUUGCCCAAAAAUGGAAGUACAGGUACAGCAUAUGAUAUCCGAUGGGGAAGCCAUUGCCGUGAAAGAAGAGCCGAUGGUUUUUCUGGUUGAAGAUGACGCUUUUGGCAUUCCCGGCGUGAUCGGCGGCGGCGGAGAUGGAGAGAUGAUGGGUUCGGUUCCUCGGCCGUUGGAAGGGCUGAGGGAGAUCGGGCCGCCGCCGUUCUUGAAGAAGACGUAUGACAUGGUGGACGAUCCCAACACUGACCCUGUUAUAUCAUGGACUCCUACUAAGGCUAGCUUCGUUGUCUGGGACCCUCACAGGCUAUCCACUGAUGUCCUCCCUAAAUACUUCAAGCACAACAACUUCUCCAGCUUCAUUCGCCAGCUCAACACAUAUCGGUUCAGGAAAAUUGAUUCAGAUAGAUGGGAAUUUGCGAAUGAAGGGUUCCAGAAAGGGAAGAGGCAUUUGCUGAAGAGCAUCAAGAGGAGGAAGCAUCAUCAUCAUCAUCAUCACCCCCAGGAGGCAGGAAUGGGGAAUAAGUGGGUGGAUUCCUGCAACGAGGCGCAGGCGGAGCUUUGCAAGCUCAGGAACGAUCAGAAUCUGUUGAAAAUGGAGAUCAUGAGGCUGAAGCAGCAGCAGGAGACCACCGACAAUCAUCUCGCCAUGGUUAGGGAGAGACUGGAGAGCACGGAGACCAGGCACAAGUAUAUUGUGUUCUUCGUGGUAAAGGCGUUCAGGAAUCCCUUCUUUAUCCAGCACUUGACCGAGAAGAUGAGGCAGAGAACCGCCCUGAACGGCGGCGGCGCCAGGGUUGCGAAGAAGAGGAGAUUGGUUGCGCCGGAGACUAUCACCAAUGCCGCCGCCGCGGAUGCGAAGAAUCUCAAGGGCCAGGAAGAGCUGGUGAUGCUUCACUCAGAAAUCCAGACGCUCUUCUCUUCCGAUGAUUCCAGCAGCCCCGUCCAGGAUCAGAAGGUCAAGACUCCUCCGGUGGCCGCCAGCCCGGAGAUGAACUCCGAGAACUUCAUCUUGUGGGAGAAGCUUGUGGAGGACGACAUGAUUUACGAGAACGAAACGGAAGCAGACACCGCCAAACACCAAUCCGCCAUUGUUCACGAGCUCGAGGAUUUGAUUGCCCGGCCUCCUGAAUGGGGAUACUGAACACCAAACUGAGAAUAAUUGACUUCAGAGAAGAAAAUCUGCAGACACAUGCAGCCUGGGCUGCAACAAAUGUUUAUUACGUUUUUCUUGUUGUGUAGUUUGUAUCCACCAUGUAAAUAUUUAGGGUGGAUAGAAGAAUAUAUAUAUAAAUAUUAGUUUGGUAGGUUUGUUGUUGUUGGUAUACACAGAUCGAGCAUCUACCCUUAGAUUAUAGCAUGUAUACUAAAGUUUCUCUUUCUGCUUUGCUGCUAUGUAAGAUACAAGUUUAAGGUUUUCCAGCACCCAUGGAUCACACAUCCUGGCUGCUUUACAAUGUUUGCUAGUCUUUAGUAUCAAAUACUGUAAGAAUUUUGUAAAUGCUAAAAUCUUGUAUGCUUAGGGAUGU